CAUCUCAUACUCCAUAUUCUGCUUCAUCCUUCUGUUGAGCAACUCGCGGUUCGCGCCCAUUCUCCUUGAUCUGGGCUGGUCAACCGAGAAGACCCAUUGCUACCAGACAAUAUAUCAAACGCCACAAGGUCGUCUCGACGCGUUACCUCCACCACCAUCAUCAAAUCUCCAUCUCCAUCCUCCGUAUCACUCGUCCUUGUACGGAUACAGCACCCCAAUACACGUCUUCUUGCCGUUUCUGCCGGCCACGAGGACGCCAACGAUCAUCAUCGUCGCCCCGCCCGUCACGCUACGUUCCCUUUCGCAACGAACGCACAUAUCAGCCCUGGCAACUUUCAGGUCUUAACUCCAUAGAGCCAGCUCCGACCACCAACCAUCUUAGCACGCACACCCCGGCCCUAGCCCCUGUCGUCGCUUGUCGACGAAUCAUCUCAACUCCUUCAAACUCGUGGCUCGACUCAAGCUUUGUUUGGCAACUCUUGUCUUCAGCCACUGAUUCUCACUGCAACUUUGCUUCCCACUCUCCAUCCGUCUUCUCCGAUCACCAAGCUCUUUAGCUUUUGGAGUGGCUGUUGCUUAGCCGUGGUCCCGUCUCACCCCGGUCUUGUCCAAUCAGUGGCUUGCCUUGACUGUCGUCAAAGAUCGCUUCACAUUUUCUCUGCAACCCUCAACCGACUCUCGCUACCGUUAAAAGGAUCUCAUCCUUCCUCCUCCUUCCUUCCUUCUUUCUCUCGAGUCCAUCUUCAACAACCCUAUCUGGGCAGACACAACACUCGCCACCAUGUCUUCCGACGAAAGAAUCGUCGACUAUGGCCCGAAUGCCCCUCAUGGACCUGAUGUCACGGGCACACACCCCAUCGGAAUCGACUACACCGACAUCGACAUGACGCAGAAUGAAAAGGAAGUAUUCAACCUUCUCCUCAAGCCCGAGGAUAGCUUCGAUGAACACGGCGUCUAUUGGGCUGACCUCCCACUCAUGAAACGGCUCAAGUUCGUCUCAAAGGUCGAUCGGGAAGAGACUAGCCGGGAAUUCUCUGCCUUCUGGAAAAUGUUCAAGAACGAUCCUCUGUCCCCGGUUGGCUUUUACUUUCGCAACAUGGUGCUGCCUGGUGCCGGUCUCGGUCUCGAGGGUUACGUCCUGUUUUCCAUCGGCAAUAUCAAGCCGCUCUUUGAAAAGUCAUUCCCGGCAUGUUGGAAGAAAGGCGCCAUCUGUAAUCCUACCUGGAUUAAGGCUGUCGACUACCUGGAAAUUUGCGGCAUUAUUGUCGGUCAGAUCCUGGUCGGCGUCAUCGGUGACUGGGUCGGUCGCCGCUGGGGUUUGAUUCAAGAUGCUACCAUCAUGUUCAUGGGCUUGAUCAUGUUGACCGCAUCGUGGGGUGUCACGCAAAAUGGCUGGGUCAUCUGCUACGCGUGGUCACUCUUCUUCUAUGGCAUCGGUGUCGGAGGAGAGUAUCCUAUGACGGCAACUUCCGGCAUGGAAAAUGCCGUCGGAUCAGGAAAGGUGUCGACUCGAGAUGAUCGUCUCCAUCGUGGUCGCAAGGUUACCAGCGCCUUUUUGAUGCAAGGUUGGGGUCAAUUUUUCAACCAAGUUAUCCUGAUCCUCCUUCUCCUGAUCUUUCAUCAUGGUAGUGGGAAUGCACCUUAUUCCGAGGUCGCGGCCCAGUACACCUUCCGAGUUUCCUUUGCCAUUCCCGCCGCCGGGACCUUGUGGUUGGUCUACUGGCGUACGUACAAGGUCAAGGCCUCUGCCAACAAACAACUACGACUCGCCAAGGCCAAGAGCAGCGUCACCGGCUAUGACACCGAGUCUCUGGCUUUGACGUUCCGUUAUUUCGGUGGCCGUAUGCUGGCCACCGCCGGCACCUGGUUUGCCAACGACAUUUUCUUCUACGGCAACAAGCUCUUCCAAAGUGAAUUCAUCAGUGUUAUCAUGCCAGGCAGUACUUCCAUCAUGCCUGGCUGGCUUUACAAUCUGAUCAAUGUCGGCGUGUCGCUUGUGGGCUACUACAUGGCCAGUCUCCUGAUUGACAACAAGCUCUACGGACGCAAACACAUGCAAACCGUGGGUUUCUUGCUCGAUUUCAUCCUGUUCAUUGUACCAGCCUUCCACUUCAAGUACUACACCAGCCCGGAGCACAUCAAGGAGUUCCAAGCCAUGUACUUCUUGUCAUCCUUCUUCAACCAGUUCGGACCAAAUUCCGUGACCUUCAUCGCUGCCGCCGAGGUCUACCCUGUUGCAGUACGUGCCACGGCGCACGGUUUCUCUGCUGCCUGCGGCAAACUGGGUGCCUUGACUGCGGCUGUUCUCUACAACUACAUCGACACUCAGACCAAGUUCUAUGUAGUGCCUUGGUUUGGCUUAGCUGGUAUGUUCUUGACUAUUGUUUUCUUGCCCGACACGACUGGUCUCGAUCUCAAGGAGCAGGAAAGACGUUGGGCUUUCAUUCGCGCCGGUCGUGAACACGCGUACCAUGGCAUUGCCAUUCACUCCAAGCACCUGAGUUUGUGGGAACGCAUUCGUGGUGUCGGCAAGCACUACGAUGCAGACCUUGACUACAAGCAACGCGUUGAAGAAAUGCGUGGCGAAUGGGAAGCUCGUAUGGCCGAGAGGGUUUCCGAAAAGGCCGGCCAUCCAACCGUCGACGAUGAGGACCAUCCUAGUGAGGUGCACUCGUAUUUUGCCCGUUCCACAAAGUCGCCCAACCUUCAAGGUGCCGAGAACGAGAAGAUUCCUCCUCUUAUGAAUGGGGCUAAUGGUGGCCAUGAUGGCAUCUAGAAAAGGGCCUAACAGAAGGGAGGAGUAGAGUUUUAUUGCCUGAAGGAAUGUGAUGAAGGGGUUUCGUUGAGUUGUGAUUGAUGCGAAGAAAUUAGAAUGUUGUACUUGGCUACGACCCUUGUUAAGAAUUCAAGAGGGUUAAUCACAAAAAAGAUAAUUUGAAUAGUCGAGCAAAGCAAGCCAACACAUAUGGAAUAUUUAAUUUC